GAAAUAUAGUUACGUGAUCCCGGGAUCCGGGGACCGAGAGGAAGUCGGGUAAGGGGCGAGGUCAGUUGGGUUGUUUCUUGCCGCUCUCCUUACACAGGGAGCCUCCGGUCCCGGCUCGCCCCGGCCUAGGGGACUGACCUCAUUCCCCGCCAACCCGCCGGGUUCUGUCUCCUGUCCAACCCCUUGCCCGAGUCAGGCGCUCACUGGAGACCCCUGACGGGGCCCCUGCUUCACCCCGGAGGCCGGCCUCCGUGUUGAGGGACCUGGAUAGGAUGUAUUGGACUGAACUGGGCGAUGUGAGGACUGAGGUGGGUGGUGUGAGGACUGAGCUGGGUGGUGUGAGAACCAGGGCGACCCAUUGCGCUAACCUGAGGUGGUACCAGCCAUUCUGCUGCUCGUCCCUUUGCAUUUCUCCAUUUCCUCUUAGGGCUUGAGUGGGGUCUUCUUCUGCAGGCGCUAAGUGCGACCUUCGAAUCCUGCUUGGAGUAAUGCCACGCAUGCAUCUUCGAAUAGUCUGGCUACUUAUAUGAACUCCUUUGCUUAGAGUGGUGCCAUUUUGCAGUACGGAAGCAACAAGGUAACGCAGACUGCGGCCUCUCCCCAAAUUUGCUUCCCGCUUCCCGGAGAAGUGCCAAGUGUUUUUUGUUUGGGAAGACAACACCGGAAAUAGGAUUGAGGAAGAUCAAAAGGGCCAGGCUGAUUGCUUUUCUUAUUUUGUGUCUUACAGAGUGAUAAACUAGUUUCAUAGAGAGGCUCUUCAUAUUUAUUGUUGAUGAGGCUGGGAGUGAGGACCUUUGGGCAACUGCCUCAUAGAGUAUUUGUUCACCUUUACUAAUGGGCAUGCACCCCCAAAGCCAUGUCCAGGCCCUCCCUCAUCACCUUCACCCCAGCCACUGAACACAGCGACCUCUGGAAAGAUGGGCAGCAGCAGUCACAGGCUGAAGAGCUGGAGCCUAACCUGGAUGGGGCUGCAGCCCGGGCUUUCUAUGAGGCCUUGAUUGGAGACGAGAGCAGCACCCCUGAACCUCAGAGGCAACCUGAGCCCGUCAGUGAGAGAAAGAGGAAGAAGAGAAGAAUGAUGAGAGAGGCUACAACAGGACCAUCAGGAGGACAUGGACAAAGGAGAUCCCUUGAGGCUGAGGACAAGAUGACUCAUUGGAUACUGAGGGCAGCUCAGGAGGGGGACUUGGCAGAGCUAAGAAGGCUGUUGGAUCCCCAAGAAGCAGGGGGAGCUGGGGGGAAUAUCAAUGUUCGGGAUGCUUUCUGGUGGACCCCUCUAAUGUGUGCUGCCCAAGCAGGCCAGGGGGCUGCUGUGCACUAUCUCCUGGGCCGGGGGGCUGCCUGGGUCGGGGUCUGCGAACUGGGUGGCAGGGAUGCUGCUCAGUUGGCUGAAGAAGCAGGCUUCCCAGAGGUGGCCCGCAUGAUCAGAGAGAGCCAUGGAGAGACGAGGAGUCCAGAGAACCGGUCCCAGUCCCCCUCCACCCAGUACUGUGACACCUGUGAUGCCUACUUCCAAGACUCUAACCACUACACAUCUACUGCUCACCUGCUGUCACUGCCCCAGGAUCUCCGGACUCCCCAACUGCACUUCAGGAUGCCCACCUCCAGCCCAGGCUUCAAGCUGCUGUUGAGGGGGGGCUGGGAGCCUGGAAUGGGGCUGGGACCCCGGGGCAAGGGCCGCAUCAACCCCAUCCCCACUGUCCUCAAGAGGGACCAGGAAGGACUAGGGUACAGAUCAGCACCCCAACCCCGAGUCACACACUUCCUGGCUCAGGAUACUCGGGCAGUGACUGGAAGAGAGAGAGCCCCUCAGGUGAUGACACUGAGCAGGAGGGUGGAGAGAAGGCAGAAGGAGAAGGAUAAGGCCUGGGAGCGGGAUCUGAGGAUAUACAUGAACCUUGAGUUCUAACCAUGGCAAGGUCUGACCCUGGUCUGUUGCUGAAGUCUGAACUUGGGCCUCAACCUGGGCACUUUGACUUAUACUUUCUGGGGUCUGCUCAGGUCCCAGACACUCAGAUUUUGGUCAGUAGUAGGCCCUACCUUUGGGAAGAGGGGCUGAGAGUUGAAAAAUAAAUCAACCAUCUCAUUUUUUUGUGUUUUAUCUACUUUUUUGGAAGCUGUUACAGGGAGGCCAAACAAGUCUGGGGGUCACAGGCAUGUCCCAUCUGAGCCAGAAGGGGGCAGCCCCUCCAGGUGGCAUGAUAAGGUCACCUUCCUGCCAGUCUGGUUUACUGCCUGGUCCUAGCCCUUGCCUAAGAGAACUACACCUAUUCUUUCAAGCCCCAGCCAGGAACUGCCCAGCUCUAUGCAAAUCUCACCUCCCCCACCACUUCAGCCUAGCUGUGUACAAUGCUAAGAAUAGUACUAAGACAUUUCCAACAUUGGAGUUCCUUCCAGCUGCAGGAGGAGACAGCCAUGUGGUCAAACGGUGCACAGGGGCAGGGAAGGCAGGGCAGGCUCACAGGGAUGAUGGGAAUGGGUACGGUCUUGUAGGAAGAGUCCCAUGUGGUGGGAAGGCCUAAGUUAAUCCAGCCAGUACUCUGUUAGCUGAAUUGGCACCAGAGCUCCGGCCUCUCAAAUCUCAACUUGAAGCCAAGGUUCUUACAUCUCACUACUUGAAAACUCUCCCUUUUGCUGCCCAUACCAGGUGCCAGGCAAAUGAAGAGCUCCCUGUUGUCAAACCCAGGAAGUAGUCCGCAGGGAACAACUUUUCAAG